AACAAUAGGCUCCACACUCACUCCCUCGGGUCACCAUUUUAUCUUAAGCUACAAUCUUUCGGGCAGGCCCCGUCUUCUUGCGUUCUCACAGUUGGCUCUGUUGUGCGUGCCUGAGCGAUGAGCAGUCAAGCAGUGGAAGACGACGCGGUCAAAGCCACCAGCGCUACCGAAGCGCUUUACCUAGUUCGAGACACCUACUUUCCGCCCAACCCAGAUGACAAAAUCGCCAAAUUGAAUGCCGAAUCCGAUCUCGCUCUCAGCCUCCUCGAUUCCAUUCCUCCUGAGCAAAGGAAACUUCCAGCACAGCGUGCAAAAUACGAAUAUCUGAGAGGAAAGAUAUUGGAUGUCUUACCGGACUAUAGAAAAGAAGCAGAGGAUCAUCUCUCAAAAGCUGUUAAGUUGAAUCCAUCUCUUGCAGAUGCUUGGCUAUGUUUAGGUAACUGCAUUUGGAAGAAGGGAGAUCUAUCUUCAGCCAAGAACUGCUUUACUCUUGCACUAAGCAAGUGUCCAAACAAACAGAUACUUUGUCAACUGUCCAUGCUCGAAAGGAAAAUGGCUCAAGGUACUGAUAAUCAGGCAGAACUUGUUGAUGAAAGCAUUCAACACGCCAAGGAAGCCAUAACUUUGGAUGUCAAGGAUGGGAAUUCUUGGUAUAAUCUUGGAAAUGCAUGUCUUACAAGUUUCUUUGUAACUGGAGCUUGGGACCACGCCAAACUUCUGAAGUCUUUGAAGGCAUACCAAAAUGCUGAAAAGGAUGAAAGAAUGAAGUCCAAUCCAGACCUAUAUUUUAACUCUGCCACUGUAAACAAAUAUCUAGAAAACUAUGAAAGGGCCCUUACUGGAUUUGAAGCUGCUGCUUUAAAGGAUCCUGGUCUCAAUGCUAUGGAGGAGGUUCAAAAGAUUGUUAACCUUCUUGACAAGUUAGAUAAUUUGUUAAGGGGACAUGCUAGAUCUAAACGGCUUGCAUCUUUAGCAUCAUCUCUGGCUGCUGUGAACUUGAACUCCUCGUACAGAAGAGCUACUGUAGAUCUUCUGUCAGAGGGUCUGAACAAAGCAGUAGCACUAAUAGGAAAAGUGUUAUUCUUCAUUAAGCAUGAGAAUGUUGCUCCACUGUAUUAUUUGGCAUGUGAUGCAAAUCAAAUAUGCUUCGUUGUGUCCGUUUAUGGCAUUCAGUAUGAUUUGAUCAAAGAAGGAGAUCAGCUGACAAUAUUGGACCCUUUUCAUCGGCAUGUCAAUUUUUCUUGGAAAGAAAAGUUGUACCAGUUCAAAUCAUUUCGUGUGGAUUUCAUAGAACAAUUGCUUGUAAAUGGAAAGGCUCCGACUCCUCACCAAGCAGUCCCUACCUCAAUUUAUGCACAACACAAACCAUGAUAAUGGUCUCGAGUGAAGUUUUUGAAUUAUGUACUUCUGUUGAGGUUUUGUUUGCCUGCUCUUGAUUCUUUUUUGCUGUAAUGUUUGUGAAUAGAUUAGGGGAUGAAGAAGGUAAAGGUACAUGGGUAAAAGUUGUUGCCCAAGUGGAGAGAAUAGAAAAAUAGUAUAUUUUGAUGGGUUUUUCGGUCGGCCUUGCAUUUGGAUGGAGCUUGCUAAUGUUUGGAUUGCACAUGGAAGAGAAUCUACAUACAAAAUGCGUUUCUCAA